AUGUAAAUUGAUUAAACUACUCAAUUUUCAGCUUAAACAUGUAUUAUCAAAUAAUCUUCACUAAAUAAAUUAUUUAUAUAAUUUUGUUUAAAAAAGAAAUCUAUCUUUGAUAAGCUUAAUUAUUCUUAAUAAUACAUUAAACAUUCAGCCUCUUUAUAGAAUUUGAGAAUAACUACAAAUUAGAAUUAUAAUAACAGUAAUUAAUAAUAUUAAUUAAGGUUUUCUGAUAAUAAUUAUAUAUGAAGACUAUAUUUCCCAUUACAACCUAUGUAUUGAAGUUGGAAGGAUUUCCUAAAAAUUCAUUUUUCAAUCCUACAGAGUAAAAUAUAUAUGGAGUGAUGUUCUAAAGGAUUGA